ACCAAGUUUCUCUGAAUCAUAUGAUCCCAUUCAUGCCUCAAACACAAGCCAUGAUGCAUGCUAAAUGCCAUGCUCAUGGUUCUUGAUCUAGGUUGGUGCCAUCACAUUAUUCUAUAAUACCCUCUUACCCUUCUCACUCUUUUUUGAAGAUUUCAUUGAUUCCCACGUAUAACUGGUGCGGUUUCGAAGACUUUCUGUGGUUCAGUAAGAUCACUCAUGCAAGGUAGAGAACUGAACAACUUUGCAAGAUAUUUGCUUGAACUGCUGCUGGUAAACUCCUCAGAUUUUGACCAUAUAUAAAGGUGGAGUUGGUUUCAUAACCACAAAUCAGUGGCAGUGGGACAAAUUUUUUAACUGGAUUUAAAAUAUAAAAUAAAUCAACAAAUAAAAUAAACCCUAAGUCUUCUUAUCCCUGCCAACCCAAAGAAGAAAAAACUUUCAUUUUGCUAACCAUGCAAGAUAUUGACCCACUAAAUCCAAACACCACCCACUAAUUCCGAGUUAGAGAACAAAUAAUAAAAAAAAAAUUGUCUUAAAGGCAAGUACAGUGUCCACUUCAACUCUCUCACACCUUUCAAACAGAAUAGCACGUACCACCACAAAAACCCACAUAACUGUUAAAGCAAAACUACUUUAACUGCUAAUGCUACCAAACCAAACCAAGUGCAAUCAAAAUUCUCUUUCCUUGUCUACUAAAAACCCGCACGUUAACUCGAGAAAAAUAUUGUCUCCAAUGGUAGAUAUCAAUGAUCUAUAUAAAAAAUUCUAACGUUGUUUUCUUUCCUUGUACACAUGUGCACAAUCUUCUCCCACAAUCUCGCUCUUUUGGUCCAAAAAUAAAUCACCAUGCCCAGAUCUCGUCCUGCCACUGAUUUCGCUGAUCUUGAAUGUUUGAAAUGAAAAUUUCCAUGACCAAAGUCUUCUUUACCUUCUAAUUUGGUUUGGAAUUUUCGUGGGCAUGAAAACAAGGCCUUUCAUUUCCCAAGGUUGAUUUGGAUUGGAGGAUGGGUACUAAGAGUCUCUUAAUGCUUAAGUCCCACAUUGAUUCCAUCAACAUACGAGUUGUGAAUGAUUUUGUUUGUGUGAACAUGUUGUGGGCCUUUGCUUCUCUGCGGGUGUUUGUUUGCAACUAUGUUUUCUAUGAGUUUGGAUUGGUGAUCAGAUAUAUUUUCAGGUUUCUUCAUUUGGGAGAUGCAGAAGAUGAGAUCAUUGUUCAGAAACUAAAACACGUUGAAAGGAACCAGGUUUCUGAUUCUGAGAUUGAUGGGUUCCAAGAGGAGCUGGCUAGUUUUCUGUUUUGGAGUGAAGAUUUUCAUGAAGAGACAGAGGCAGAAACAGAGAGCUCUGUUUCUUUCAUGGAGGUUGCUCCUGAAAGUGAGAAAAGAGAUGGAGACACAGAUUGCUCUGCUUUUUCCAUGGAGAUUAUUGCUCUUGAAAGGGAGAAAAGAGAUGGAGAAACAGAGUGCUCUGUUUUUAUGGACACCCACUGUGAUGUUCAUGAAGAUGGGGUGAAAACAGAGGUGCCUACAGAGAGCUCUGUUUCAGAAGAGAUUGACUCGGACAUUCGUGAAGAUGGUAUGAGUAGGGGAAUAGAAGAAAAAGGAUCUUCUUUUAUGAAUAGUGACACUGACAACUACGUUACUCAUGACAAUAAUAGGGAAAUCGAAAGAGAAACGCAGGAGCUUGGUUUCAUGGAGACUGACUCAGAUGUUCAUGAAGAUGGUAAAAGAAAUGAUGAAGAUGAAACAGAGAACUCUGUUUUCGUGGAGAAUGACUCUGAUCUCCAUCGAAGAAUAAUGGAGAGAGAAGAAGAAGAAAUAAAAGAACAUGUUUCUGCGGAGAUUGAUACUGUUGUUCAUGAAGAAUUCAAGAAAAUUGAUGAAAAUGAAACUGGGAGUGGUGUUUUAAUGGAGAAUGUCUCUAGUGAAACUGUAAAUGAUGAUGGUGCGGAAACAGAUGAAAAUGAUGAGGGCUUUGUUCAUGGAGAAGAUACAAAGAUAGAAGAAAAAGAAGAAGAAACAUAUGGGCAUGUUUUUGUGGACACUAACUCUGUAACAACCACAAGUAAGUGUGAGUACUUAUCAGGAAAAGAUAUAAGUGGGUUCAUGGAGGAACCAACAACAUUGAGGUUCAGUUUUCGAGAAUUUCACAUGGGUCUAGAUAUUUCAACUGUUUCUGACAAUGCAUAUGCCAGUCCAAAAAUUAUUACCGACAAGGAAUUUUCAGAGUUUGGUUCAGAGAAAAAGCCUGUGGCUCAAGCACAAACAGAGGACUCUGUUCAAGAAGAGGUUUCAGCACCUUCUACCCAUAUCCCACUUCACUUUGAGAGUAACAUGUUUGGUGGAUCCGAUUCAUCUGAUGAAGAUUAUUUUCUUUACAAUGAAAACUCAGUGACAUCCGAUUCGGAGUCGGAGUCAUCUAGCUCAAGUGGUUUGAACUGGGGCAACAGCAACAAAAUGGAUGAUUCAAUUGUAUACCAGUUUCUGGGUGGUAAAAAUGAUGGUGAAGGAUUUCAACCUGAGAUUCUGAAGCUGAUGUUGAGGGAAGAAAGAAAAGAAGUUGUGGAGGAGAAGCAAUCUUCAUGUGAUGGAAAAGUUUCAGAAUUUAAUGCUCAUGCCAUUUAUUCUGGAGAUGGGUAUAUGGAAAUGGAACCUUGCAUGAAGGGUUUGAAUUCCUUAAAUGCACAUGGUUUUGGUGGUAAAGAAUCUGGAAAAUCUGGGGUUAAAGAUCAAAAAGAAGGUUCACAAAAUGGAUAUGUGUGCAGUGGCUUGAAGAAAAGUGAAGAAAUUAGGUGGGAAGAUGAAUUGAGUGAUUCAGAAUCUGAUGAGGGUGACUUUGAAUGGGAGCAUGAUGAUUUAGUUGAACAGCUGAAAUUGGAGUUGAAAAAUUCAAGGCAAGGAGGACUUGCCACAAUUGUAGAAGAAGAGGAAGAGGCGGAGGAAGAGGUGGUGGUGGUGGAGGAGGAGGAGGAGGAGCAGGAAAGAGUGUCCCCAAGAGUGGUUGAAGAUCCAAAGCCAGUGGAAAUUGAAGAGAAGCUUGAAUACAAGGAUCAAAUUGAUGAAAUUGAUAAAGUUUACAAGAGCUAUGCAGAGAAGAUGAAGAAACUUGAUAUCUUGAAUUACCAGACCAUGCAUGCAUUAGGUCUGCUUCAACUAAAAGACCCUCUAAAAUUAAUUUCAUUUCCAAAAUCCGCAAUCCAAGGUGCAAAGCCUGUAAUCUCUCAGAACUUGUGGCCACGCAAAGCUUCAAAGAACUCAUCAGAUCCAUUGGUAAAGCUUGUUCAUGAACUGCAGAGAGAUUUGGAAUUAGUAUAUGUUGGGCAAGUUUGCCUCUCUUGGGAAAUCCUUUGUUGGCAACACAAGAAAGCCCUUGAGUUACAACAAUAUGAUUCACAAGGGUCUCAUAGUCAUAGGUAUAACCAUGUUGCUGGUGAGUUUCAACUUUUUCAAGUCCUAGUUCAGAGAUUCAUAGAGAAUGAGCCAUUUCAAGGCCCUAGGCUACAGAACUAUGUCAAGAACCGUUGCGUGAUUCGCAACUUGCUCCAAGUUCCAGGCAUUAAAGAUGAUAGUAAAGUUGAUGAGGAGGAGGAUGCAAUUGCUAGUGGAAAGUUGGCAGAUAUCAUCAAGGAAUCAAUGCGGGUGUUCUGGGAAUUUGUUCGAGCAGAUAAAGAUUAUGGGAAUGUGAUCUUUAAAGCUUCUCGGCACAACAGAAUUGAUCUUAAAGACCCUAUGAUUUCUGGUCUUAUGGUGGACAUUAAAACACAACUACAGAAAAAGGAGAGAAGGCUCAAGGACAUAGUGAGAACCGGGAAUUGCAUAGUGAAGAAGUUCCAAAAGCACCAUGAGGAUGAACUUGAUCAUGAGCAAUUGGUUGCUCGGGUGGGGUUGAGAUUGAUUUCAAGGGUGGUAAACAUGUCCAAAUUGAGAAAAGAACAGCUAAUAUGGUGUAAUGAGAAGUUACUCCGAAUCAAGUUUUUGAGCAGGAAGAUUGUUCAGGUGGAACCUUCCUUCUUGCUUUUUCCAUGUUGACAAUUUGUUCUCAAUUUUAGAGGAAGAGAAAUGCUAGAGGAAUAGAGAUAGGGAUACCUUUUCACAGAAAAUGAUAUCCUAGCUUACACAGAAAUUGAGACACACGCCACAGAAUUCUCAGUGUAUAUAUAUAAGUUAUAUAUAUAAGCUUGUUGCUUAUACAUCAUGGUAAUAUAAUAAAUGGCAAGCUUGGUUAGUUCAA